GGGGCGGUGGCAUUGGUGUCGUUUCAUCCUCUAUGCCACCACUGACCCUACCGGACGCAUUUUUAGAGGAACAAUCGGACUAUGCAGAGUACUACUCGGAUGUGGGUCUGGUCGAACAGCAACAGCGACAAAUGCAGUCGCACAGCCUGGCCAUUCACUCUCAUCCCUCGGUACAUCGGCAGGCAACACUGGAUUUCCCAGCUUCACCGUCUUUAUAUCGCCAUGCACAACCACAACUCCAACAACGGUCCGAUGGGUCCUCACUCCUGCCAUCACCACUUAUGAGUCCUUUAACCUCACCGCUUUCAGGUGAAUUUCCAUCGCUUAGUCUUGAAGAAUCAUUCUCGGCCCGAAAUUCGGUAGCGCCUCGCUUCAAUAGCGAAGUGAUCCAGACCCUACCUGAGGGGCACUACACAGGCCAUCCUCAUGUUCCAGUCGAGUCCUUUCUCAUGCCGACCCAGGAACAGUACCCGCCCGACUCUAUGAUCCUUUUUGGCGGCACUGCCUCACACUCCGAGGGCUCGCUCUUCCGCAAGGAUUCCAAGGAGUACCUCCUCCUCACCAAUUCGAGUCUUCUCAAGUACAAGACGAUGGAAAAGGCCGCCAAAGUCUUUGGCAACCAGUCCGUGUGGUCCUCGACCUCCGGUCACCAGCUCUUGACUCCGCAGCAGACCAGUCUUAUCGCAAAGGAUCACCGUCUCUUGUCGCUCAACUCCAUCGUAGGCGUGCACAUAUAUCAGCCCGGGGGCUCCGAUAUGCAGAUCCAAGUUGAAUAUCUCGUCUCGAUUUCGUCCCAGCCAGCAUCAAUGUACUUCACGCCUGCGCCCGACCAGGCGGAGGUAUGGCUCAAAGAACUUCGACAAGGAUGCAACUGUCAUGCCCCUCAGGCCGGGAUGAUUCCGAAGGGCACUCGUCAACGCCAAUGGGUCCUGGACAAGUUGAGGGAUGACCACAUAGCCUUGCCACAGAGCGUUGUCGAAAAUGAUCCUACAGCACUGACAGCUGGAGGCAUGUGGAGGGCGUACUUCAAAAGCCAGAAGAUCAAAGGGGUAUCCUCACAGGAUAAUGGAUCGAGCGAAUCAAAGGUGCCUCUUGAGGGAAAAGUUAUUGUUCUGGCUGUCGGAAAGUCCUUUGUCCAUCUUUUACCCCACAACCUCGGUAACGGCAGUACCAAAGACGACAUGAAAGACGAACGUGUAAUCCUCCAAUACCCGAUCCUCACCACCAAGGCAAUUCAGUAUCGAGAAAAAGACGACACCUUCUCUUUGACUUUCGGAACUACACUCCGCCAACGGAGGGUCGUCAUGACGUUUGUCUCUGCAAGAGCAAGGGAGAUCAUCAUUGCCAUUCGUGCGCGAGUCGAAAGUCUUCGCUGGCUUUACCCACAAGGCAGGAAGGGAAUCGAGCUCUCACUGUCCGAGGCGCUUUCAAAACCAAUUCCGGUCCCCUCAAAGGACCACAUGAUUGACUUAGGUUUUGAAGACUUGUUGCGAGCAGAGUGCAACGCCAUGAACAUCGACCGUAAAACCUACAGUAAUGUUAAGAUCAAUGGCUUUUCAAUUACCGUCGACAAGGCUGGGGAUACUUUUGAAACCAAGGGAGAUUAUUCGGUGGACGAGAUGAAGUGCCUCUUGCGUGCCCUGCGGUUCAACACCACAUUCAAGGAGAUCAGUUUCCGCAACAUUUCAUUCGCAGCUCUUCAAAAGCCCAAGACCAUGAAGGAUGGAACGAUUCGAUACGGACUUCGUCUGGACAAGGAAUUUUACGAGCUGGUAAUGGGAAACCCCCAAAUUCGGGUCCUGGAUCUUCAUAACUGCAACCUGGACACAAGCACAAUCGGGAGCAUUGGUCGCGCCAUUCGGGAUGGCUAUUCCAUAGGGCUCCGUCUUGAGUCCCUGGAUCUGUUUGGCAACAAUGCCUCGGAUGGCGCAGAUGUCAUGACGUUGGCCAAGGGAAUCGUGAAGCACGCCGGUACUUUGCAUGUACUGGAUAUAGGCGAGUGUCAGAUCACGGGUGACGGUAUCAACCAGAUCAUGCAUGCCUUCGUUGCCAACCCAGACGUGGCGUCGCACACGCUCGAGACCUUUGGUAUCCGUGGGAACCCCGAAAGCAAGGUUAAUUCGUUCAUCCUCGACAUGUUCUUGAAGCACUCCAUGCAGCUACGGCACUUGAAUCUCUCCGGUCUGCCGUCUUGGAGUAAACCACCUAUUCUCAUGGCCGAAACACUCGCGAACUGUGGCGGGUCCCUGACUUCCCUUGACCUGAGCGGUAUGGCACUGCAUUCUUCAACUCUGGAUCAAAUCCUGUCCUGGGCUUCAAGCCUCAGCUUCCAGUCCAUGGAGCAACUCAAGAUCGAGGGCUGUGGACUCAAUGGAUUACAGUUUGCAAACAUCCUUGAUGCCGUUUCCCAAAGCCGCAACACCAAGGUCGAAGUGUUGGCCGGCAGGAACCUACUUUCGGACGGCGGCGAUCUCCCCGAGAAUAUGAUCAAUAUUCUGGCGAGUGGAGACACGGCCUCCUCGUUGGGAUUGCGUCAGACUUGCUGGAGCGAGCAAGCUCUGCGACAGUUGUUCGUCAGUCUAGGCCAGAACUGGACCCUCAAGAAGAUCGACCUUAGUGCUGUAUCCCUGACAUCCAGCCGCGACCCUGAUGUGGAGACCUGCAAGUUGUUGGGGCAGAUGGUGUCUUCUCCGUCGAGUCGAUUGGAAGAACUAUUGAUCAGGGGGGAGGAAACGGUAGAACUGACGUCGAGGAUGGGCAGGAAUCUUUGGCGAUCCUUCCAAGGUAUAGGACAGAGUCGAUACUUGACUAAGCUAGAUGUGCGAAGGAACCGGUUUGGGGAUGAGGGAGCUCAUGCUCUAGCUGAAGCGCUGCGUACGAACCAGAGUCUUACCUGGCUCAACAUGGACGAGAACGACGUGACAUUGGAUGGCUUUAAUGCUAUUCUUUCGGCGUUCCACCAAGGCGGAACAGAGUAUGUACCGACGAGCAGUAUAUACUACAACAGCACACUGUGCUACUUUGAGCUGCCUGUCAAGGACGUCGAGAAGCAGACCUUGGUCCUGAAGGAGUCCAUGCUGGAGACCUAUAAGACCGAGCAGGAGACACGCUUCUUGCUGAGCAACUCGACUGGCAAGGACUCGCGCGAGUGGAAGGAGCGACUUGCACAGAUCAUCCGGACUCGCAACCUGAGCUCUGAGGCGAUUGCCAGACUGGACCGGGCGAUCAAAGGUAUUACCGCGGCUACGGAACGCAACAAGGCUGCGAUGGACGCAGUGUAUAGGGACCGUGAGCGAAGACGCGACCGGGAGAUGGAUCGGGAGCGAGGGAGAGAGCGUGACCGAGAACGUGACCGCGAGAGCCAGGCUGGACUCGUUCGUGAUUAGGAUGGACGCGUUUGAGAAAGCAAUUGUCGGCGACAUUUAAUGUACAUACCAACAGCGGUGAUAAUGAUAAUGAUAAUGAUAAAUAUGAUAGCGACGACUUUUAGACAUCCUUUAUACCCUCUCCAAUAAACGCA